AUGUUAGAUGAACUAUAUAAAGCAGAACGUGGAGAGAUGGAAAAGAAACUUCAAGCAAAAGAUGAAGUCAUUGAAUCCAAAGACAAAAGCAUACAGAAAAGAAUACCGCGUUCGGUACCAAAAGGAAAGGAAAAGAGUUAUAAGUAUAUGAUUUAUACUGAAGAGAUGGAAAAUGAAGAAGAUAGAGAUAUGGUUAUGUUGCAUUUAGUCAGAAGAAACAACAAAAGCUUUUACGACCUUGCUAAAAUAUAUAAAUCUGACAGAAACUGGUUCUAUCGUGAAAACUUACCGAUUUCAAUGACACCGAAUGAGCAAAUAAAAGAAAUUGUCAAAAAUACUCUUCCUCAAACACACUAUGACAUCAAAGGUUGCACAAUACUUACCUUCAAAGAAGACUUAACAUUACUGAAGGAAAAAAUAACAGAAUAUUUCGAUAACUUCAAAGAGGAAGAAUGA